GAAAACUUUCUCAGAGCAGACAUAAAUACAGGGGGGCUUCCAGCCAGAGUUUGUUGUUGUCCUGGACAAGAAUGGAUUUAAUGGAACUGUUUUUUGUUGCUAUUGGUGCUGCAGUUUUUGUCUACUAUGGAGUGAAACUGCUGCUUUUUAUUAGGAUGCUCUUCCCAAAAACAUGGUUUCCAGUGUCAAAGUCUUUUUUCACUUCUAUGGGGGAAUGGGCAGUGGUGACUGGUGCGUCAGAGGGAAUAGGAAAAGAAUAUGCAUUUGCGCUGGCUAAGAAAGGAAUGAACGUGGUAAUCAUGAGCAGAACCAAAGUGAAACUAGAGGAAGUGGCCAAGGAAAUAGGUAAUACCACAGGGCAGAAGGUGAAAGUCGUAGCAACAGACUUCUCAAAGGAAAAUGCCUUCAGUGAAAUUGAGGAUCAGCUGAGAGGCCUCAACAUUGGAGUUUUAGUUAAUAAUGUAGGCGUGCUGCCCAGCGUGGUCCCCAAGAGAUUCCUUGAGCAGAAAGAGCUGGACCAGACAAUUACAACGGUGAUAAGCUGCAAUGUGAAAACUAUGGCCAAGAUGUGCAAAAUAGUCCUUCCAGGCAUGGAUAACAGGGGAAGAGGUUUGAUUAUAAAUAUUUCAUCAGGAAUUGCCUGGGUUCCAUAUCCGCUGUACACCCUGUAUACUGCAUCUAAGGUGUUUGUGGACAGAUUUUCUCAAGGUCUUCAAGCUGAAUACAAAGAUAAAGGGAUUAUUAUACAGGCAGUGGCUCCAUUUGGAGUCUCCACUAAAUUGUCAGGUUACCAAAGAACCAACUUCUUUACCAUCUCUGCAGAAGAGUUCGUCAAAGGCUCCCUGCAGUAUGUUAGAGCUGGAGACAAAACAAACGGCACUGUCAAUCACAUAAUAGCGGGCUUGUUAAUGAGCUCUGUUCCUCUCAAGAUUUUGCACUCAGAGUUUGCGCUACAAAGCCUACAAGACUGUGUCAGGGAUGGGCUAGCAAGGCAAGCUUUGGAAAAUGGAUCAACUGUUUUGUGAACUCUACGAUGCAGUCAAAUUGCACUUGAGUGGACACCAUCCAUCUGCUGUAGCCCUCCAACAUUGAAGCAGUUUGUGUGACCAUACACAAAUACAAAAAUGAUUGUGCACAAAUGCAGAUUUAAAAAAAAAAAAAAUCACAAUACGUCUUCUAUAAGUAAGUAAGAAAUAUUAGUUAUAAUGCAACUGCAGUUGCUCAUGAUUUUGAUCUAAUUGUUUUUGAUGCUGCAUGGUUAGCUGUGACAUGGACGCCAUAACAUAUCUUUAUGUUCAUUUAACAGUUACACACAAUCAGAUGAACAAAUCUGGCCCUUAUCUGCUGAACUGAAGGAACUAUUUUGUUCUGUUAUUCACCUUUCCACACACAAUGUUGUAAGACGCACACACACGCGCACACACAAACACGCACACACACACACCUGUAACUGUCAUUAGUAUCCCCUCUGAGAUGGAGGAAACAUUUGAUCAGAUGAGUACACCACCAGACGACUUCACUGUGGUGUCAGUCACCAUUCUGAUAUCCACAAAACCAGUUGGGGGCGGAAGAGACCUGAUGAGCCUUUUCAUGGUUCCUGAGAAAUGAGAAUACACUGGAGACGUGGGUUUAAUAGCCCGCUGCUUACAGGAUGAUGUAUAUUGGUUAAAGCAUGCACAAACAUCUGUGUGUGCACAUAUGCAGAAACAGACACACAAGACCAUUUGAAUUAGUAUGUGCUACUGAGAUGUCUGACCUAAAAGAGUCACUAAUCAUGUGGUGACCGGGCUGUUUAGACAGCCGUGAUGAAUGAUCCUCCCCAUGAGAAAAGCGCAGGGAAAGGAAAAGUGGCUUGAGAAAGAGAGAGCGGGAGAGGGGGGAGGUCAGAGUGACCCUGAGUUUAGAUGAUCCAUGCCUGGCAUGUCUGUUUGAAAAAGAUAAAGAAUAACUCAUCCUUACAUGAGAAUAGUCUUUAUCCAUUAUAUAAGAUACUAACUGAGCCAGGUACAGUACUUUCGUGACAACAACAGCUAAAGAAAAACAAAAGAUAGGAAUUAUAGACAAGGAAUUAAGAAAUGAUCUCAGCUGGUAAACAACAGUUAAAAUACCAUAACAAAAAAAAGCAAAUCUAUAGUAAUAUUGUAGGUUUAUCAGUUUAUAAUAAUAACACACACAAACACAAAAUGCAGAAAAAAAAAAACUAAACAGAGAUGAGACAUUAUGAGUUUAGGUCUUGUAAGCUAUUUUGAAAAGGUGGGUUUUGAGUUGAUUUUUGAAGGUGUGGAGUGAGUCUGAAUUGUGGAUGAGAGUAGGGAGGGAGUUCCAGAGGGUUGGGGCAGCAGUGGAGAAGGCUCUGUCGCCAACGGUGUGGUGCUUGGUCCUGGUGAUGGGGGUCAGUAGAUUGGCAUUUGAAGAUCUGAGGUUGUGGAUGGGGGAGUGACGCUGGAGGAGAUCUGUGAGGUAUGGGGGAGCAAGGUUAUUGAGGGCUUUGUAGGUGAUGAGCAGAAUCUUGAUGUGGAUUCGGUGCUGGAUAGGGAGCCAUUGAAGGUGCUAAAGGAUGGGCAUGAUGUGUUCUCUAGAGUGGGAGUGGGUGAGCAAUCGGGCAGCUGAGUUUUGGACAUAUUCUAGUUUUUGAAGAUUGGAGGCCGUAGAGAAUGCUGUUGUAAUAGUCCAGUCUGAGGUUGUGAAAGCAUGAAUUAGUGUUUCGGCAUUACACAAAGGCGUGCAAUGUUGGGGGAGGUGGAAGAAGGAUGUUUUGGUGAUAUUCUUGAUGUGUUAUUUGAAAGAGAGAGUUGGAUUCAGGGUGAUGAAGUCCUGGGAAGAGGGGAGGUGGGAUUUGGGACCAAUGAUAAUGAUUUCUAAUUUGUUGCAGUUAAGUUUAACCCAUAAGAACCCACGGUGACACGCGUGUAACAAACACUUUAAAUCUUCUAGAAUCUCCCAUAUUCAGUUUUAUGCUUCACCUUAACUCAUUAAAUCCCUUAGCAAGACUGUGUCACUGUGUGGCUGUGACAGGAAGUGACUUCUCCAAAAUAUGUGUGUGACUGGAAACAGAAAUGUGGAAAAGUAGCUAAUUUCAAAAAGCUUUUUUUGUUACUAGGCUAAGUUUAAACCCAUUUAACAAUUCUAAUUCUAAUCUAAGUACAUUUGACCAAAUAUAAACAAAAAAUAAUCCUAUCCUAUCCUGUCACAAUUUCGAUAUAUGUUGUGGAGAUGCAAAGAAAAAGGCAAAUUUGUGUUUCUGUGAGCAGAAAAGGUGUCUAUUUAUUUUAAAAUAAGAAAUAUCAUAAACAUAACUUCCAUAAAUGCCCAAUCUAACAUAAAUGUCAUAUCACUGAUCUUUGACAUUUAGGGGUAGAUUUAUUUAUUUUUAAAUUAAAACAUCAUAAAUGUGUUCUAUGUGGUUCACUUGGUCUGUGGUAUAUCCCCAAUAAUUUUACUUUAAGGAUUAAUGGGUCUGGGUUCUUAUGGGUUAAGAAAGUUGCUGUUCAUCCGGGUUUUUAUGUCAUUGAGGAAGUUUGUGAUGGAGUGAUGGUUUUUGUGGAGAGGUAGAGUUGGGUAUCGUCUGUGUAGCAAUGAAAUUGUAGUUUGUGAUGCCGUAUGAUGUGACCAAGGGGUAGCAUGUAAAUGAUGAAUAGGAGGGGACCAAGCACUGAGCCUUGGGGGACACCCUGUGAGACAGGGAUGAUAUGGGAUUUGCAGUUAUUGAUGGAGAUGUAGUAAAAUCUGUCAGAGAGGUAGGAUUUAAACUAGGAGAGUGCUGAGCCAGUGAUGCCAAUGCAUGAUUUCAGAUUACUGAGUAGGACUGUUGGUCGAUGGUGUCAAAAGUGGCGCAGAGGUCGAGGAGGAGGAGAAUGCUGAGGGAGCCGGAGUCAGAGGUGAGUAGAAGGUUGUUGGUGACUUUUAGUAGAGCGGUUUCAGUGCUGUGGUGGGUACAGAAGUCAGAUUGGAAUGUUUCGUGGAGUUGGUUGGAGGAGAGGUAGUGCUGGAGUUGAGCAGCAACAGAACGUUUGAGUAUUUUUGAUAGAAAUGGGAGUUUUGAAAUGGGUCUGAAAUUGUCAGGGUUAUCAGGGUCCAGGCUGGGCUUCUUGAGGAUGGGUGUGAUGGCAGCAAGCUUAAAACAGGAGGGAACUGUACCAGAGGUGAGGGAGGAGUUUACGAUGUUGGGAGUGCUGACUUGUGUAUGUGGAUAUGGUCUUUGUAGGCUUGGUAGUGUACAGUGAGUCCAGUUUUUUUGUUUAGGCGUUCCAGUUUUCUGCUCUGUUUAGUUGGUGGAGUUUGGGAGUGUACCAGGGGGCAGAGUGAGUGAAUGAGACAUUUUUUUGUUUUUAUGGGAGCAAGCUGGUUGAGGCAGGUGGACAGAGUGUGGUUGUACAGAUUGACGAGGUCUGUUGGAGUUGGGUUUUCAGGGAGGGUGGAGUCAGCUAUGGUGUUGGAUAUGCAUGUGGAGAGGGACGUUGGACAGAGGGACUUGAGGUUGCGAAAGGUUAUGUGCGGUUUUGUUUUGGUUGGGGACUGGGUAUAUUGAUGUCGAUGAUGAUGGUCAGGUGGUCGGAGAUGGUGAGGUCAGUGUGUGAGAGCUUGUCAAUAUUGAGGCCAGUGGAACAAACAAGGUCCAGAAUGUGCCCACGGCAGUUGGUGGGGAAAUUUACAUGUUGGGUGAGGUUGAAGCAGUUGAGAAUGUCAUAUUACAAUAAUACAAUAAUACAAUUACAUAUAUUAUUACACUACAAGCCAAAGGAAUAUAUAUAUAUAUAUAUAUAUAUAUAUAUAUAUAUAUAAUGGCCCAUAAAAUGAAAAUGGGCCCAACAUGUAUGGUUUCUGUAUUAUGGAAUAUUGAUAUGUAUGUGAAUGGUAAUCUCUGAAUGGACCUUUAUAUGCUUUACAUUGAUGAACGUUUAUCUGUAAAUGUAUAGAAGGAUCUUUUGGAUUAAACUAAGAAUCUUUUUUCCAUUA